UGUUACCUGGUGCAGGUGAAAACCAGCUAAGGCAAACAACAGGGCAGAGGAGACGCAGAGAUUACAACAGAACAAAUAUGACCAGCCUCUUCUCCAGCCGGGACAUCCAGGUGAAGAGCAUGGAGCAGACAGUGAAACAUGCUGAGAAGUACCUGGGUGAGAUCUGCCACCUGCUGGGCUCCUAUACCAGGAAGACAGCUAAGCUCAGAGACAAGGCCGACCUGCUGGUGGCUCAGCUCUUUGACUUCUCCAGCACAGAGGGCCCAGAGCUCCAGAUCGGCCUGAAAAACCUGGCAGAAGAUUUAGCCAUGGUCCAGGACUAUAGGCAUGCUCAGGUGGAGAGACUAGAGACAAGAGUUGUUGCUCCUCUGAAAGCUUAUGGAGACAUAGUGAAAAAUAAAAGGACUGAUCUGAAGAAGUUCAACACUGAUCUGAACAGAGAGCUGAAGGAGCUGCAGAAGCUGGAGAAAGUCAGGCUGAGGAACCCAGCAGAUCGACAGAGCAUUUCCCAGGCUGAAGUAAAUGCUCAGAAGGCUUCAAACAAUGCUCAGCACAGCAUCAGACAAGUAGAGGCGACCAUCACAGACUUCCAGAGACAGAAACUGGAGGAUAUCAAAAAGAUUUUCACAGACUUCAUCACGGUGGAGAUGCUCUUCCAUGCUAAAGCACUGGAGGUCUAUACACAUACCAACCAGAACCUGAAGGCCAUGAAUGUUCAAAAGGAUCUAGAGCUGUUUAGUGGACGGCUCAUGAUGUCUGAUUCUCUUGCUGGGCACCUGGAUACCCCUCUGAGCAGCCACUCUUCUCCCCUCAUGAGCCGCUACCCAAGUCCUCCUGUAACCUUCCCCAAAGGCCAAAGCCUCAGGCCAAUGCAGGCUCUCACUAUAGGCCUAAACAGCAGGCAACCACUCAGUCAGUUCCCAGAAAAAGCCAGGAGGUCUCGUAGUACCUUACAACGUCAAAGAGGCAUGGAGGAAGCAGAACUUGAGGAGGAUGAGGAAGAAGAAGACGAGGAAGAAGAGGAUGAGAUUUAUGAAUCAGAAAUCGAGGAGGCUCAAAACACCAGCAGACAGUCUUAUGCUGCUCAAUAUGCCCAAAUGCACAGAUGGCAAAAGUAAAAGCCUGUGCAAGGACACACACACACAUCACACAAUCAAAUGUGCUUUUUCUGGACAGAUGAAAACAUUUUAGUUGUUAGUUAGUUUCCUCCACACUUGAAUACGUGCGUCAGCACUUAUUGCUGGAGCCUUUACAAUAUGAAUGUGUUUAACCUAAAUAUGUACACCUAAAUUCACAGAUAUGUGUUUACUUAAUUUACAUAGUAAUAGCAUUGCUAUAAUCUAUUAAUUUGUAGUCCCUGCUGCUCAGUUUAGCAAAACAAAGUUCCAAAAACAUCUUCAUCUGAUGAAUGAUUCUUGCACAUAAUUAAUUUGAGAUAAAAAAUAAAUGACUUCAACAGAUGCAUUCAACAAUAUGAAAUGUAGCUAAAUGUAAUGUCAUUAGGAAAUAGCAGCUAAAGGGACAUGAACAAGUUAAGACAAGUUAUAGGAUUAAACUUUCAGACAAAAUUG